AUGAAUGAACCUAAAAAAUCACCUGAACCAGCAGCAGCAGGUAACAUGUGUAGCAUCAACAACACAUCGCCAAGAACAGUCACCUUCAUCGAACUGGACCCACUGCCACCCCCUGCAAGAGAACCCCUGACACCCACCAAGAAAUCUGCUGAAACAACCCAAACAAACCAUUUACGUUUAGUGACCCCUGCAAAGGAGAAAGCUGAAACUGAGAGGGAGCCACUUCCAGAGAUCCCCUUCAGAUCCCCUGGUCAAAUCAGCACACCCACCUCUCCUACCCGUGCUGCCAACAACCGGACUUCCGGCCCCAGCCGCCAGACCUCCAGCGAAACACCCCUGCCCUGCCACAACUGCCCCAGGCAGGGCUCUCUCCUUGCUGUGAAGACCUGCUUGGUGUGUGGAGCCUCCAUGUGCUCCGAACACCUCCGCCCCCACCUGGAGUCACCUGUGUUCCAGAGCCACACCCUGUUGCUUCCCAUGGAGGAUAUAUCACCCUGGAGGUAAAGUUUCAGUGUUAUUCAGUAUAUUUAGGGUGUUUUGUAAACUUGUACUCACCUAACUUUUUUAUACCAUGUGCUCUGUGGUAUUUAUUUAUAGUCUAUGAAAAUUCAUGUACGUUUUUUAUGAGCUGCACUAAGUCAAAUUCCUAACACCUUUGGUUGACAUGACACUAAAAUAUUGCAUCUUCUAAUAAUUUGUAAUGAAUCAUUUCAUGGUAAAUUGUGCAUGUAAUUCAGGUUGUUGCUGACAGUUGUCAAAUAACAAUAAAACAUUUAUCAUCAUCAGGUGCUCUGAACACCAGGGGAUGAACUGGAUCUACUGCCGGCAGUGUAGCGUAUGUGUGUACCGUGUGUACCGUGAUAGGGUUGCACUGGGAGCAUAGCUGCAUCAGUAUCCGAGAGGGAGCUGAGGGUGAGAGAGGCGGGGACAAAACACACACAUACAGUGAGCUCCAAAAGUAUUGGGACAGUGACACAUCCUUGUCGAAUGCUUUUGACACCUUGUUGAGUCCAUGCCCCGACGAAUUGAGACUGUUCUGAGGACAAAAGUAUUCAGACCCCUUGACUUUAUCCACAUUUUGUUACAUUACAGCCUUAUUCUAAAAUCGUUUUUUCCCCCUCAUCAAUCUACACACAAUACCCCAUAAUAACAAAGCAAACACAGGUUUUUAGAAAUAUUUGUAAAUAAAUAAAAAAUGAUAUCACAUUUACAUAAUUAUUCAGACCCUUUGCUCAGUACUUGGUUGAAGCACCUUUGGCAGCGAUUACAGCCUUAAGUCUUCUUGGGUAUGACGCUACAAGCUUAGCACACCUGUAUUUGGGGAGUUUCUCCCAUUCUUCUCUGCAGAUCCUCUCAAGCUCUGUCAGGUUGGAUGGGGAGCGUCACUGCACAGCUAUUUUCACGUCUCUCCAGAGAUGUUCGAUCGGGAUCAAGUCCGGGCUCUGGCUGGGCCACUCAAGAACAUUCAGAGAGUUGUCGCAAGCCACUCCUGCGUUGUCUUGGCUGUGUGCUUGGGGUCACUGUCCUGUUGGAAGCUGAACCUUCGCCCCAGUCUGAGCGCUCUGGAGCAGGUUUUCAUCAAGGAUCUCUCUGUACUUUGCUCCGUUCAUCUUUCCCUCGAUCCUGACUAGUCUCCCAGUCCCUGCAGCUGAAAAACAUCCCCACAGCAUGAUGCUGCCACCACCAGGCUUCACCGUAGGGAUGGUGCCAGGUUUCCUCCAGACGUGACACUUUGUAUUCAGGUCAAAGAGUUCAGUCAUGGUUUCAUCAGACCAGAAAAUCUUGUUUCUCAUGGUCUGAGAGUCCUUUAAGUGCCUUUUGGGAAACUCCAAGCAGGCUGUCGUAGCUUUUACUGAGGGGUGGCUUCCGUCUGGCUACUCUACCAUAAAGGCCUGAUUGGUGGAGUGCUGCAGAGAUGGUUGUCCUUCUGGAAGGUUCCCCCAUCUCCACAGAGGAACUCAGGAGCUCUGUCAGAGUGACCAUCAGGUUCUUGGUCACCUCCCUGACCAAGGCCCUUCUCCCCCAUUUGCUCAGUUUGGCCAGGUGGCCAGCUCUAGGAAGAGUCUUGGUGGUUCCAAACUUCUUCCAUUUAAGAAUAAUGGAGGCCAUUGUGUUCUAGGGGACCUUCAAUGCAGCAGAAUUUUUUUAGUACCCUUCCCCAGAUCUGUGCCUCGACACAAUCCUGUCUCGGAGCUCUACGGACAAUUCCUUCGACCUCAUGGCUUGGUUUUAGCUUUGACAUGCACUGUCAACUGUUGGACCUAAUAUAGACAGUUUUUUAGUGUUAAUAAAUUUGCAAAAAUACAAAAACUGUUUUCACUUUGUCAUUAUGGGGUAUUGUGUGUAGAUUGAUGAGGAUAAAAUGUAAUUUAAUCAAUUUUAGAAUAAGUUUGUGACGUAACAAAAUGUGGAAAAGUGAAGGGGUCUGAAUACUUUCCGAAUGCACUGCAUUUGGUGUAUUCCCCCCAUUUUAGGGGACCAAAAAUAUUAGGACAAAUUCACUUGUGUAUUAAAGUAGUCAGAAGUUUAGUAUUUGGUCCCAUAUUCCUAUCACACAAUCAUUACAUCAAGCAUGUGACUCUACAAACUCGUUGGAUGCAUUUGCUGUUUGUGUUGCUUGUGUUUCAGAUUAUUUUGUGUCCAAUAGAAAUGAAUGGUAAAUAAUGUAUUGUGUCAUUUUAGAGUCACUUUUAUUGUAAAUAAGAAUAUAAUAUGUUUCUAAACACUUCUACAUUAAUUUGGAUGCUACCAUGAUUGGAUAAUCCUGAAUUAAUCGUGAAUAAUGAUGAAUGAAAGUUAGACGCACAAAUAUCAUACACCCCAAAAAUGCUAACCUCCACUGUUGUUGUAAUAGUGAGAGGUUAGCGUGUCUUGGGGGUAUGAUAUUUGUGCAUCACAUGCUUUAUGUAAUCAUUGCGGGGAAGGGGGGGUCGAGAGACUAUGUACAAAAAGUGGUGUAAUUUCUAAACUGUUCACCUGAUUUAUGGAUGAAAAUUUUUACAUUUACGUCAUUUAGCAGAUGCUCUUAUCCAGAGCGACUUACAAAUUGGUGCAUUCAACUUAUGAUAGCCAGUGGGACAACCACUUUAUUUUUUUAUGGGGGGUGGGUAGAAGGAUUACUUUUAUACUAUUCCAGGUAUUCCUUAAAGAGGUAGGGUUUCAAGUGUCUCUGGAAGGUGGUCAGCGACUCCGUUGUCCUGGCGUCGUGGGGGAGCUUGUUCCACCAUUGGGGUGCCAGAGCAGCGAAUAGAUUUGACUGGGCUGAGUGGGAACUGUGCUUCCGUAGAGGUAGGGGGGCUAGCAGGCCAGAGGUGGAUGAACGUAGUGCCCUCGUUUGGGUGUAGGGUCUGAUCAGAGCCUGACGGUAAGGAGGUGCCGUUCCCCUCACAGCUCCGUAGGCAAGCACCAUGGUCUUGUAGUAGAUGCGAGCCUCAACUGGAAGCCAGUGGAGUGUGCAGAGGAGCGGGGUGACAUGAGAGAACUUGGGAAGGUUGAACACCAGAUGGGCUGCAGCGUUCUGGAUAAGUUGUAGGGGUUUAAUAGCACAGGCAGGGAGCCCAGCCAACAGUGAGUUGCAGUAAUCUAGACGCGAGAUGACAAGUGCCUGGAUUAGGACCUGUGCCGCUUUCUGUGUAAGGUAGGGUCGUACUCUGCGAAUGUUGUAGAGCAUGAACCUACAGGAUCCUAACCCUCAAAUUAAAGUUGACAGUCUGCACUUUAACCUCAUAGUCAUUGUAUCAUUUCAAAGUGCUGGAGUACAGAGCCAAAAAAGAAAAUGUGUCUCUGUCCCAAUACUUUACGAGCUCACUGUAAAUAAAAUCUACGUUUGUCACGUGCACAGGAUACAGCAGGUGUAAACAGUACAGUGAAAUAUUUACUUGCAAACUUUCUUAUAAAAUGAUCGUACACAUUCACACACAGUAUCAAAUCAAAUUGUAUUUUUCACAUGCUUCGUGAACAACAGGUGUGGACUAACAUUGAAUACUUACUUACGGGCCCGUCCCAACAAUGCAGAGAGAAAGACAAUGGAACAAAAACAAACAAUAGAAAAGUAAAAUACAUAAUAAAUACACAAUGAGUAACGAUAACUUGGCUAUAUACAAGGCGUACCAGUACUAAGUCGAUUUGCAGGGGUACGAGGUAAUUGAGGUAGAUAUGUACAUAUAACUAGGAAUAAAGUGACAGGUAGUAAACAGUAGCAGCAGCAUAUGUGAUGAGUACAAAAAGUUAGUUCAAAAAGGGUCAAUGCAGAUGGUCCAGGUAGCUAUUUGGUUAACUAUUUAGCUGUCUUUUGGCUUAGGGGUAGAAGCUGUUCAGGGUACUGUUGGUUCCAGACUUGGUGCAUCGGUACCGCUUGCCGUGCGGUAGCAGAGAGAACAGUCUAUGACUUGGGUGGCUGGAGUCUUUGACAAUUUUCAGGGCCUUCCUCUGACACGCCUAGUCUAGAGGUCCUGGAUGGCAGGGAGCUCGGCCCCAGUGAUGUACUGGGCCAUACACACUACCCUCUGUAGCGCCUUGCGGUUGGAUGCCAAGCAGUUGCCAUAACAAGUGGUUAUGCAGCUAGGCAAGAUGCUCUCAAUAGUGCAGCUGUAUAACAUUUUGAGGAUCUGAGGGUCCAUGCAAAUCUUUUCAGCCUCCUGAGGGGGAAGAGGCGUUGUCCUGCCCUCUUCACGAUUGUGUUGGUGUGUUUGGACCAUGAUAGAUCCUUAGUGAUGUGGACGCCGAAGAACUUGAAGCUCUCAAGCCGUAUCACCAGUCAAUGUUGAGGUAUGAAUACAUUAGUCUGAAGACAAAAGCAAGCACACGUUUUCUAUUGACAUCAGUGACGGAAGGAUCAUGAUCUGUUUUUUUGCAGGGGAACCUGAAAGAGGACAUGAAGAAGAUGCAGGAAACAGAACAUUCAUUAAUGAGCAGAGUGGCUGAGCUGACAGAGAAGAAACUGGGCUACCAGGUUAGAAGCUGUAGAUAAGUGGAUCGAAUUUAUUUGACCGUUUAAAAAAAUUCCAGCCACAGAAGUGGAUACAUUUUAAAUCAUUGAGGAUAACAUACUCUUUUACCACGUCUUUCCAUUGUGGUCCUCUGAUUUCCAUUGUGGUCCUCUGAUUUCCAUUGUGGUCCUCUGAUUUCCAUUGUGGUCCUCUGAUUUCCAUUGUGGUUAUUUUAUACAUCUUGUGUGUUCCCCAUGUCCCCUCCUCUCCCCAGGUGUUGUUGGGUAAGGCACGUGCCGGAGUGCAGCAGCAGUAUGGGACCAUGCGGGAGGCCUUGGAGCAGGAGGAGGCCAUGGUUCUGCUGUGUGUGACCCAGGUAAAGAGAACCCUAACCCUAACAUGCUCAACUCUAUCCUCUAGUGUAAAAACAAUGAAAGGGUGCUUGAAGUCUAGCCUGGUGAAAGCAGCAUGAUUGCUGAGUUCAGCAUUCUAUACGUGCAGUAAAACAGAAUGGCGAACGCCGCGAUGAGGCUGGUUCCAAGUCAAAAAUCCAUUGAGGAAGGCGUAAGCCAAAACAUAUGUGUGAUCAAGUAGGACAUGUUGCCUAGAAGCUUAAAUUGCAAUUGAAUCAAGUCAGUGCUGGACUAGUCCCCUUUUCAUUGUGUGUGUGUGUGUGUGUGUGUGUACACCCAGGAUGAGAGCAGGACGGUAGGGGGUCUGGAGAGCCAGCUCAGCCAGAUAAAGGAGAACCUGAGCUCCCUCCAACAGGGUCUCCAUGCUCUGGAGGGGCUGGCCGAUGCCAUGGGGGCUGCACGCGUACAGGAGCAGGCUUUCAUCAUGGUAGGGUGCCACUACAAUUAAUAUAGUGUAUGGGUACAUGUGAGAGAAUAUGCUAGCAAGCACACCAGACAGGUUUACAUACAUUUACUCUGAAUAUACAUACAAAAAGUUAUGUCUAUGAAUCCAUCUUUUUGAUCUAUUAUUUUAAAAAAAUGUCACCAACAUUAUAAAAACUUGUAUUUUGUUCUUGACAGGAGUACAGCAAGAUAACAAAAUAGUAAGCAACUGUUAUGACUUAUCAUACUUGUCAUAUAGGCCCAAAGUUAUGGAAUGUUAAAUUAAAGAGGAAGCGCUUCGCUUCCCUUAAAACAUCUGAAUAGCAAAAAAAAGUGUAUCCUACCAAGUCAGCAGAACUGAUACAACUAUGAGUCCGUGUGGUGAGUAGACAGCAUUUAGGAAGAAAUCCUCAUCUAAGCUCUCUUAUAUAAGAUGCUUUACGUCAUAAAAAAAAUUACUCAGACCACUAAUCCAGAUUUACUGCAUUGGUGAAAAUAUUUAUUCUACUUUUUUGUAGAUCAGCAAAAUUCACUUACCGCAACAUUAAGAAGAUAAUGGUUGGUAAAGUUACUAGUAGUUUAGUAAUUUGCAGAAUAAUGAGGGUAGUAAUAGAUACCCACACGCCCAAGACCCAGGACAUAGGCAUAUGUGUGCGUGCGGACAUGAUGGAGUUAAAUCAACACAAUUGCAGGUCCCUUUAGCUACUAGCUAGUAUUGCUGCUGUCAUAGUAAACCUCAUGUCUUCUAUCCCCUCCUCCUCCUCCCCUCCCAACCCCCCAGUGUGUUGGAGAUCUGUUCUGUGGAGGAGCUGGAGGCUCCAGAGGAGGUGGACAGAGCCUGGCUGAGAUGCCUGCAGGAGUGA